UGAUCUUGGUCCUUUACUCCCUGGCUGCACAGCUUUGUGAAGGAUGCACAGGAACAGUAUAACAAGCUACGGAUGAUGCACUCCAACAUGGAGACUCUAUAUAAGGAGCUGGGGGACUACUUCGUCUUUGACCCGAAGAAGUUGUCUGUGGAAGAGUUCUUUAUGGACCUGCACAACUUUAGAAAUAUGUUUUUGCAAGCAGUCAAGGAGAAUCAGAAGCGCCGGGAAACAGAAGAAAAGAUGCGGAGAGCUAAACUAGCCAAGGAGAAGGCGGAGAAGGAGCGGCUGGAGAAGCAGCAGAAGCGGGAGCAGCUCAUCGACAUGAAUGCAGAGGGAGAUGAGACAGGUGUGAUGGACAGUCUUCUAGAAGCUCUGCAGUCAGGGGCAGCAUUCCGACGAAAGAGAGGGCCCCGUCAAGUCAACAGGAAAGCUGGGUGUGCAGUCACAUCUCUGCUAGCCUCGGAGCUGACCAAGGAUGAUGCCAUGGCUGCCGGUCCUGCUAAGGUGCCCAAGAAAAGUGAAGGAGUCCCCACAAUCCUUGAGGAAGCCAAGGAGCUGGUUGGCCGUGCAAGCUAAGCUGGGCUCUAUGGCCAUUGCUGCUCCUAAGUGAAGCCUCGACUGACUGUCUACCUGCAGCAUGUGCCUAAAUGGUCCAGGGGGUAUCUAUCCCUCUGCAGUGGCCUCUCCACCACCUGACCCUGUCUGUCUGUCUGGCCUGCUGCUCUCUGAACAUCACAUACAGCUUCAGCUCCUGGAGGCCAGAAGGAAAGGGCAGUGGAGGGUGGCCUCAGCCCGGCCCAGCCAUCCCUGGCUGUGGUAUUACCAAAGCAGGGUCCGUGUUUGCUGCCUUAACCCUGUCUCCUCCAUGUUAUCCAGAGGUCCUGGUCUCAGACAGAACCCAGCCUGCUUUCUCAGCCCCACUUUCCAGUGGGCCUUCCCCUAGGUCAAUCUUGCUGGAUUUGUGCUUUUCUUUUGUGGUGUCUCUGGCCCUGAGAAUAGCAUGGGACUUGUGACCCUUUGGGCUAGACCCCUUCUCUGCUGUCACCUCUGCUUUUCCUCCUGGCAGUUAUUUAUUACUAGUGCUGUGGCAUUGGGAGCUGCUUCUGCAAAAGCAGGAAGCAGCUCCCACCCUUACCCCCGCUUUCCUGGGAAAGGUCUCCCAGGCAAAGGGUCUCAACCACUCUCCUAUUCCCACUGUGGCCCAGGUCUGAGCCAUAGGCAGGUAGCCAGGGCGUAGCGACAGUGUGGGGCCCGCCCCCUGCCCGCUGCCAUGCUUAUGCCCUUGCCUCCCUGGACCCUCUGCACCAGCCCCCCGCAUCUCCACCCUGCAACUGAGCCCCCCUCCCCCAUGCCUUCCCCAGAGCUUUGGUGCAUCUCAUUCGGAGUGUGGGCUGUAGUGUGACCAUCCCAACACCUCACCCCCUCCAUCCAAGGAAAUGGGAGGUGGAGCCUCCUGGCUGAGAAAUUGUUUUGCAAAUGGAUCUAUUUUUAUAUGAAAAUUUUUUAAGAAAAAAUUACUUUGGUCCCCUUCCCCUUCCAAAAUAAAAGAGGCUUUGAUGGUAGGUUCAAACAUUCCUGAACAUGGUCUAGGUGUUGGCCCCAUCCCUCAAGACUAAACCCUGAGGCCAAGGCAGACCCUUCCCUAGCAUCAGUUCUGGGGCAAGAGAAUUUCUCUGGUUGGGCCGGGCCACACCAUAGGGUAGCAAGAGCUCCAAUCCUGUGUUCUCAUGAAUGUAUUAAAUUAUCAAGCCAAAUGUGCAGAUGCUAAGUGGAUGUUGAGAAGUGGGCACAGGGUUGCCCACCCCCCAACCACCACCACUGUGUAAGCAAUGAGUCAGACUGGGUGGCCCAGACCUCAGUAAGCUCAGAGUCUCUGGCUUAGGGUCACUUUCUUGCCCUCCUUAGCCCCUUUCAGCUUCCCCUCCAAGGCUCCAGAGAAGGAAUGAGCCUGUCCAGGCUUGACCCAGACUUAGAGUCGCCAGAGCAUGGGGGUUUAGGAAAUGCAAAGCCAGUCCCCGGGGCCCUUGUGGCAGGGAGGAUGGUUUGGGUUGCUAGAGCUGUGUCUGAAGGAGCAGUGGCAGCCCCCGGGCUACUUUCUGAGAAGACUGGUACAGUGUGGUCUGGUCCUUCCCUGAGCACCUCCUUGCUAGCUGACAUCUGGGGCUUUGACCUUUUCUUUUUUAAUCACUUUUGCUAAAAUGCAUUGAAUUAAAAAUUUUUUAAGUAGAGGGGACAAAAUGCAAACCCCUUGCCUCCUGGGCUUCUGGGGAUGCCCUCACCUCCAGUUUGAUGGGUUUGUUUCCAACUGUCAAUAAAGCGUUGAAACAGA